GGGGGCCGGCCAGUUUGGGAGGCCCAUCAGUCAAUCACAUCGCAUCAUGCGGGGUGACCAACAAACUGCAUCUCCCCUUAGCCGGCCUCCAAUGUUUUUGAUCGCCUUAUCUAACAUUUAUCUUGAUUCAAUCCUCCAACCAAAAUGAUGGAUCUCAACGCAUUUGGCCUGUAUUUGGGUCGCAAAUGUCGGACGAGGCAGAGUCGUGAUAUCGCGACUUGUCUCAUAUCCUCGCUUCGCCAUUGAGUAUUCCGCCUUUCGGUAUCUGGUGCCUUCUAUCUUGUUCUCAGCUCCCCUCUUGUUCAUGUAUGAAUCGAGUCAUCUCUGUCAAACAUCGCAGAGAUGAGAAUGUGCUGUCGGCCCCCGGCCCCCGGCCGGCCUCCAAAGAGUCUCUUUUAAUGAAUCCAUUCAGUGAUACUCUUCAUCCUUUCAGCUUUUCUACAAGUCAUACUCUCAGAGUUACAACAUCCUGGACAUGUCACGACGAAGCGACCGUUCUCACAGACAUAGUCGUUCCAGCAGAUCUCAACAAUCUCAACAGGACGACAUUCCCAUUGACCCCAAUCUGGUUCCCGAAACCUCAUACCCUGGAUACACUGAUACCCAGGGCUUUAACUCGUACAGCCAGGCUGGUCCAAGUCAAAGCCAGUAGAGCGCUGACUCACAAGUCUCUGACUUCAACUCAGGUGUAUACGCAACAGCCUCGAGUGCCCCAGAGACUCAGGACCCAAGCAUGUUGUAUUACAUGACACAGCAACCUGCAACUGUCAACCCCAACGAGGUUCUUCUGAGUUCAGGGUCUGGUUAUGCAACCCAGAAUUACCCCAGCUCUUACCCAACUGCCGAUCCUACUCUACCAGAGGCUUCAUCGUCUACGGCCCAGGGCACCACUCCGCACUACUGUUCAGAAUGUGACCGCUCCUUCGGCGGCAACAGAGACUUGAACAAGCACAUGAAAACCCACAACAAGCCUGUCAAAUGCAAAGCCGAUCCCAACUGCAACGUCACCAAGGCAGAGCAACGGGACAUGGAUCGCCACUACCAGACCUCUCACAGAACCUACGCGGCAAGCAAGGGUAUUCUCACCGAGGAAAGGAUCUGUGGAUUUGAGGGGUGUAGAUCAAAGUUUACGAGGCAGGACAAUCUGCUCAAGCAUUGGAAGAAGUUUCACAACUACGAGCAGUAACGGAACGGCCGGUGUUGUUCUUUAGUUUCUCCUAUCUUUUACUAGCAUAUGCGGCUUUUUCCUUUGUUCGUCAUCUAUCUCCUGAUUUCAGAUGUUUUUGGCCAGCCUACUCCGUACCCUGCCGUGCUACCGGAGCGGGCAAACACGGGGGAUCGCUUGAGAAGUGAGUACGGGACCACGUAAACGCCAAGUUGUUCACUCAUUAUUUGGUAUAGUUGUAGUUAUAUAGAUAGAGUAUCAUGUUUCAGCAUGUUUGCUUAUUCAGGUAGAACAAUGA